CUCCCAAGAGCCGAUAUGUCACCGCCCUCAAUCCAAAUCCCACGUAAACUAUCCAACCAACAACACGAACAACUCUUCACCUGCACAUUCUGCUGGCACCUCUCCCGCGGUCCUCCACACAUCCUAGGCCGCUCCGCGCGUCUCACCUGCGACUCAUGUUUCCGCGGGCUAAUCGAUCUAGCUAUUUGUUAGGUAUGCGGCGAGAUUGUGUACCGUGGGGAUGAGUGCGUGAGUCUGGG